CCCCGGCCCCGCCCCCGCCCGGCCCGCCCAGCUCCGCACCGCAAGCACCCGGACUGCACUUCCCAGAGGCCUGAGCGGCGCGGCCUUGCGCGCCCUCGAGCUUGGCACCGCCCAGGCCGCGAGACCGCGCCCCAACCUGGCCGCCGGGCGCGCGCCUGGCUGAAGAACCUUUUUAAGUGGGGGCGGAGGCCGGAUUGCGAUUGCGAUCGCGAUGGCGAACCUGGGCUACCUGCUGUGCUUGUUGGGUUUGCUACUAUGCGGGCUUUCAAGUCCCGGGAUGUCCAGACCCUACAACCAUGGCUCCGAGAGGCCCAUCAUCGGAGUAGUAAUGCAAGAAUGUUUUGGGAAAAUGGCGAAGUUGGGAAACUACUACAUUGCUGCAUCCUAUGUGAAGUAUAUAGAGUCUGCAGGUGCACGAGUUGUGCCCAUAAGGCCCGAUCUUAGUGAUGCAGAGUAUGAAGAACUUUUUAGAUCUAUUAAUGGAGUUCUCCUUCCUGGAGGAGGUGCUAACCUAACAGAUUCAGGUUAUUCCCGAGUGGCCAAAAUAUUUUUCAGCAAGGCUCUAGAGAGCUUUGAUAAUGGAGACCAUUUUCCUGUGUGGGGAACAUGCCUUGGAUUUGAGGAGCUUUCUGUCCUGGUUAGUGGAGAGAACUUACUAACGAGUACAGACACUAAGUCAAAGAAAUUGCCCUUGAACUUCACUGAAGGUGCAAGGAAGAGCAGAAUGUUCAAACAUUUUCCUACUGAAUUAUUGGAUUCAUUAGCAUUAGAAAAUCUGACCGCAAAUUUUCACAAAUGGAGCCUCUCUGUGAAGAAUUUUACAGAAAAUGAAAAGUUAAAGAAGUUUUUCAAUAUAUUAACAACCAAUACAGAUGGCAAAACUGAGUUCAUUUCAUCCAUGGAAGAACAUCCAUGACUGGAUGACUGUAAACUUAGAUGGGACCAUCUAGAAGCAAAGGCUGAUGGAGGAGGCGGAGCUGGAAUCAGGAAGGGACCCAGAGACAGAAGAUACUUUCUCUGCUUUCUCAGGUAGACUCUUGGAUUUGAUGAAGCUGAAGAGAGCAACCUGAGAGGACAGAGGCCUAGCAAGGAGUAACCCAUAAUAAGGUGGGGAUAGGGAUUGGUACUUGGAGAUUGUGACUUAGUUCAUUCUAUGUUGCUGUAACUGAGUCUCUGAAACCAAAUCAUCCAAAAAUAAGGAUUAAUCUAAGUGUUCUGGAGGUUGGUGGGUCCUUGAACAUCGUGUUAAGAUCUGGUAAGGACCUUCUGGCUAUAUGUAGCAUCCCUGAGUGAGAUGCUCGAUCAGUUUUCCUUCUUACGGGGACACUGAUACUGUCAUGGUCUCAUCUUUCCAACCUCUUCUAAUCUGAAUUCCUAAGGUUACACUUCCAUGUACCAUUAACAUGAUUUAGGAGUUAACUUUCCAACCUCCAAAUCUGAGGACCACUCCUAAACCAUAGCACAUUGGUCAAGUUAGUGAGGUAGAAAGAAAUAUAUGCAGGAAAUUCUGAGAAGAACUGGUCAGCCCAGGAUGAAGUAGAGUUAUCUUUGUACCCAGUUGCUAGAGUUACCACCUUCGAAACACCCUGCAGUAGAAACCUGCAAUCCAUGUUGGCUUCCCUGCCUCAUUAUCUACUUCUAAAAACCUUUCACCAAUUCUUUCAUCCCAGGUCUAACUUGUGUAUGCUUUCUUCUCUCUACCCAGACCCCUCCUAAUUGCCCAUAAGUCAUCUUCCAGCUACACAUGGAAUCUCACAAAGAAACCAAUCUGAUUGUGCUGCCCAAACAAAACUCAGUAGCUCUUCACUAUGGGAGGGCAAAGCCAGAUUUACCUGAUCAUUGUAGUCUGUGCUCUCUGCUGCUUUCCCUGCAGAAUGGUCUUUUGAGAUGUGUGCAUCCCACUGGUGCCCUCCACAGACCAGUGCUUGUCACCUCUCUUUCCUCCCAUGUUUCUCAUGUCCUCUGGUGAGCUCUCAACUACAUUGAAAGACUCAAGCUAGAUGUCUCAUCUUUGAGAAGCCUUCAUCUUUCUUUGUAUGUUUGCGUCAUGUUCCUUGGGAAUGUUGCUUUUUGCUUGAAUUUGUUCAAACUCCAACUUUCUCUCUCAACUGGAGCCUAUUGAGGGCUGGCAUUUGUCUUACUUUCCUUUUUAUAGGGCUUUGGGGAAACUAGAGGUAGUGAAUGAAUGAAUGACUGCUUAAGCAAUAGUGUUGGGUUGGAAGAUUUCGGUUCUUUGUUGUUUAUUUCUGACUAUGUUAUCAUGUAAACAUUUUAGAGCCUGAAAAUGUUAUACAUACAUAUAUAUGUAUAUAUACAGACAUAUAUAUACAUAUAUUCAGACAUAUAUUCACACAUUUACAUGUAUAUAUGUAUGUGUGUAUAUAUAUAUAUACACACACAUAUACAUACAUAUAUAUAUACAUAUAUAUAUAUAUUCACACACAUACACACAUAGACAUACAUAUAUAUAGACAGGCAUAUAUGUUAGGAGCAUAUAUAAUAUAUGUGCACUAGGGACCCUUGAUGCUCUACUACUUGUGUAUUUUCUUUUCACUCUUGAUGAUCUCGUUCUAACCCAGUGAUUGAGGUUAUCAUUUCUACAGUUGUAAAGAAGUGCCAUUGAUCUUUUAAGAAGAGUUUUCUAAAGAGUAAGCCUUACUUGUUUCUGAACAUCAGCAUCUGCUUGCCUGUGUGUGUCUGAUUAUGAAAUAAAUCCUCAUCUAGACAUUUUUAUCCUCAGCCAUGCUUUUGCCUGUGGGCCAUCCCAGGCUGCAGAAAGACAAUGCUACAACCUGAGAGGGAGAGGGAGGCAGAGGGAGGUGAGGAGCUCUGUGUCUGGAGCUGCUGGCUGGUAGGCGCUGCUUCCUGUGGACGCCAAGAAGACUGGGAUGAGGAGCUGGCUUUCUGGCAAGCUGCUGUUACAGUGGAACAGCUAGUGAGUGGGGUGUGAGAAGACAGUCCUUCCCCCUGUGCCCUCCAAGGGCUUUCUGGGAGCAUUCAUGGUCUCCAGUCUAAAACGUUGAGGGUGGGAGUGCUUUCUCUUAAGAUGAGGAGAGACACAUGUGAAUAAAAAUAGACUUGCUCAUUUUCAGAGAUGUAUAUAUCCACUCUUCUAAAACAUUGUGCAGCUUUUAUAGCAUGUGAGAAAAAUAAGGGACUAAUAUAUUAAACUUUCUAAGUUCUAACCAAUCAGUAAGCAAAUGAUCACUCUUUUAUACAAGUUUCUCCCAAAACUGAGUUAUUUUUUCCAUCUAAUUCUAGAGAUUAAAUAAUUUACCUAGCUAACAGUAUGUAUACUAUCUGAGUUCUAAAAAUAACUAAAUUAUAAUUACCAAGGGUACAAAUGUUUUUUAAAGCGUUAGCACUUAUUUUAGCAAUUAUUAUUCUAAAGUCACAAAUCAUUCAUUCCAUCGGCUGGGACCUAGAUGAUUAGUUUUCAUUUUCCCUAAGUCUUCAUGGGAGGAAACUUGUAUGAAGAGAGGUAAAAUACAGAUAUAGAAAUGUGUGUCAUCAACUUAGUGUGUCCUUAGGCCUGAAGAUAUAAAUCAGUGGAAGAAUGUUUACUUAGCAUGGGCGUGUUCCUAGUUUGAUUCACAGACAACAGAAACUAUUCACUUGGCUGUUGACUGGAAUGUAUCCCCAGCCCAGACUUUACUCUGAUUUCCUGGAAGUGUAGCUCCCAUUCAUUUUUUAGGAGUGUAUAUGUGGGUGAGGUACACUAUUGGGUAUUUUAAUGCUGACUGUGAGCCAUCCUUUCUGUGAGAGAAUAUUUACAACCUUUACAUUUUCCAAUUUGGAUGAGUUGAAACAUGUUUUUAUGUCACAUGCAUGGCAUGAAACAAUGGACAGUAUCAUCCUAAGACAUUCUUUUUGUUUAAUGGUGCAUGCUCUCC